CGUCGUCGUUGCCGUCACCCGAGAGCUCUGGGUCCGUUGGUUUCGGUGGUGUCGCUCUGUCCCGCGUGUGUGGAACGUGCUUCCCUUUACACGGAAUCAUUUAGAGACUGCACGACGUCGUUUCGGGACGGCGAGCAUCAUGUGGAGGCGUCAGAUCCUCCUCCACUCCAGGACACCAGUAACGUGGACUCGUUCAAUCGCCAGGACAUCAAGAACGGGAGAAUGCACGAACGGCCGUCACAGUAUGAGAAACCGAAGAUUCUUCUGCUGCGACGAUGGAGCGAAAUGCCACGGCACCUUCAGUUCAAUCCUCACAUCCGUACCGGAUACAGACCGCUCAUGACCGUCCGACAGUGUCUUGCUAGCCUCUUUUACAUCCACAACGAGACCGUCAAUAUCAUGACGCAUGGAUUCGCUAUCUUGUAUAUGUUACUGACGAUACCGCAACUUCUUCCAUGGAAUACCAAAGGUACUCUCACGGAAAUUUUAUCAUGGUGUCACAUGAUCGGCGCCGUUAGUCCAUGGGUUGGUUCCUUUAUUUAUCACCUGUUCAUGAACUUAAAUUACGAUGAAGUCUUCUACCAGAAGCUGCUGAAACUAGACAUGAUUGGCAUAUGGCUGUGCCAAAGUUUUGGAGCUAUUCCUAUGGUGACAGCAACAGUUCACUGCUUACCCGACAGCUACUGGUAUUGCUGUAUUUUUAUCUAUUGUUCUCUUUGUGUGUGGGGAUUCCUUAAAGCAAUGCAUGCGCUUUCUCCGUGGGAGAGAAGAUUAUGCUUUGCGCCUCCUUUCCUCAUGAGAAUGCUAAUAACGAUUUUACGAUGUUUUGGGAUUGGCGGGGGUUCCCCGGACGCUUUACUUCAUAUUAUACUACAGGACCUGAUAUCUGUCGUGGGAGCGACCAUCGGAGCUAUGCGUAUACCUGAAAAGUGGAUUCCUGGCAAGUUGGACCUAGCGUUAAAUUCUCACAAUUUAAUGCACGUGUUAGUUGUUAUGGCGGUGUGCUCGAUGCAUGCCGCCACUCUGCAGGAUCUGGCUUGGAUAUCCGAGCCGUCUACGUGCAAUGGAAUGAGCUUCGUUCCGUCGAAGCAUGAUGAUCUGUGAUUGAAUGGUGAAAAUAAGAUUCACUGCAGUCUGUGAUAAAAAUGAGCCUACGACAACCAGCGAAUAAUCGUGUAAGUGUCCCGCGAUCGGUGACCAGAAGUAUAUACAUAUACU